AGAUCAGCAUUCUGCAAUGCAAUCGAGAGAUGUGGAGUGCAAGAAGAAUUAUUCUAAAUAAAAACUCCAGAAAUGCAAACUUUUGAAUACUUGCCGAAAGCGCGGGAGAUCCAAGUAAAUACCUCAAAGUGCAGGGUGUCCAAGAAAACUUACCCUCGAGCUACGUCGUCGUUUCAAGAAGCACAGAAAACGCCUUGGUUCAGAGCGAGCCAGCGCGAACCCUAACUUAAAAAAGUCCCUCACGGCUCACUCUGUGUCUGUCCAUUUUCGCGUCUUCCUCCGGCCCCAAGCCUUUGGUCUUCCUUGCAUUUUCGCGUCUUCCUCCGGCCCCAAGCCUUUGGUCUUCCUUGCCUGCCAGUGCCCACAAUGAAGCUCGUCAGAUUUUUGAUGAAGCUGAACAACGAGACUGUUUCAAUUGAGCUGAAAAAUGGCACCGUUGUUCAUGGAACUAUAACAGGCGUGGAUAUCAGUAUGAAUACACACCUGAAGACGGUGAAACUUACAUUGAAGGGAAAAAAUCCAGUGACUCUGGAUCAUCUAAGCGUAAGGGGUAACAAUAUCCGAUAUUAUAUUCUUCCUGACAGCUUGAAUCUUGAGACUUUGCUGGUUGAAGAGGCUCCUAGGGUCAAGCCCAAGAAGCCAACUGCUGGGAAACCUUUGGGACGGGGACGCGGCCGUGGACGCGGACGUGGGCGCGGACGUGGUCGCUAAGUCAUGCUGCACUGAAUUUAAUUUUUGUGGCGCCUGUUUAUGUAAACACCUUUGUUGCGCGGAGCUUGUAUUUUGAGUUUGUCUGUGUGGUAUGUUCUUAAAUAGGGCUAUUAGAGAAGUUGAAAUUGAUCAUCUCAGGAAAAUUUUCGUUUACGGUGCUCUGGCCAACCAGUAGUAGGCGGUAGUAUAAUCUACAAUCUCGUAAUCUCUUUUCUAUUUAAUGGGAGAAUCAGAUGAGCCUGAUUUGUUAUGGUCCUCUUAGGUAGUUUACUGUCUAGGAUUAUCAUAGAUUUCUGCUGCGCAUUUCUAUACUAUACUAUUAUUUCUUUUAA